UUCACUUUCUGAUGUACACUGCACUCUGUGAUUUCCCCCUUUCUUCGUCUCAAGAGAUGGAUUUUCACAGCCUUUCAAGGAAAGAGCUCCAAUCUCUCUGCAAGAGGAACAAGAUUCCAGCCAACAUGACCAAUGUUGCCAUGGCCGAUGCUCUCGGUUCUCUUCAAACUGUUGAGGGACUGGAUGAUUUGAUGAAUCAACGUCAAUCCAGCCCUCCUCAAUCUCCUGCAAAACGCACAACUGGGUCACCAGUUAAGUCUCGCACAGCAACCAGAACAUCAACUCGAAGAAAGCCUCUCAAAGAGGAGCCGCAGAGCUUGCAGCCCACUACGCGGACCCGCCGUGUAACAAGACGAGCAAUCGCGGAAGAAAUGGAUCAAGAAAAUAUGAAUGUAUUAGAGACACCGUCCACAUGGACAAGCCGGAGAAAGGCACAGUCGGCCUUGGAGCAACAGCAAUCAGGGACAAAUGUCAUUGAAGAUGGAGAGAAGGAUAAAAUUGUUGGUCAAGGACAGAAUAAUUUGCUUCAAACUCCUGCUACUCAUACCUCCAGGCGGAGAGCCGCAGCAGCUUCUUCAAGGAAGGGAGCUGACAGCCAGCAGCGUGUGUAUAGCACGAGGAGGUCUGUAAGGUUGCUAGAGAAAACUAUGGGCGAGUUAAGCUUAAAGGAGAAGGAAGAAAUCAACAUUGAUGAAAUAGACAAAGAUAUGAUAAAGGAGGAGAGCUUGGACGUAUCUGGACCUUUGGGGAAUGUUGACGAAAUUUUGAAGCACAAAGAGCAAACCAAUGAAUCUGAAGCUUCCUCGGGGAAAAUUUUAACUGGACCUUUGGAGAAUGAAACGGAAUUAAAUGAUAACAGUAAUGUUAAUGGUAUAAAUGAUUGCAAAGAGAAGAGCUCUAAUGAUCUAGAUAAUUAUCCUGUCCUAGAUACAAAUGAUGAAACCCGGAAUGACAAGACGGGUAAACCUGAUGCUCGUGCUCAUGUAAAUGAAGAAGAGAAGAGCUCUAAUGAUCUAGAUGAUUAUCAUCCUGUCCUAGAUAUAAAUGAUGAAACCCGGAAUGACAAGACAGGUAAACCUGAUGCUCGUGCUCAUGUAAAUGAAGACUUGGUAGACAAGGUAGCAGAUUUUGAUGGAGCACUAGCAGGAUGUGAUGAUGCUCCCGUUACUGAAUUUCCUUCUGAACUUAACAGUGUGUGUGAUGCAUCAAUGAAUAGGGAAGAAUUAAAUGCCACUAAAAAUACAGUGCUGGGAGAUAUUGGUAUGGAGGUUUCAGAGCAUGUUGCUGAUGCAGUUUCUCGGGAAGAAUUAAAUGACAUUGGUGUAGAACUGCCUGCAGGACUUAAUCCAUCAACUCUGCCAUUGUCUGGAUGUGACGAUGCUCCAGUCAUUGAAUUUUCAUCUGAACAAAACAGUGUAUCUGAUGCAUCAAUUAGCGGGGAAGAAUUAAAUGCCACUGAAAAUAUAGCACUGGAAAAUAUUUGUAUGGAGGUUUCAGGCCAUGUUGCUGAUGCAGUUUCUCAAGAAGAAUCAAAUGGCAUUGGUGGAGGACUGCCUGCAGUACUAAACCCAUCAACUGUUCCAUUGACUGCCGAUGAGGGUCUAGAUGGGAGCCCUGACAGUAAAUGUCAGCAGUUACAAAUGGAAGAAAUAUCAACUGAAGAUUUUCAGAGUGGUUUUGGUUCUGAGAAAUCAAUGGCUCAUCAACUGGAUCAGGUUGAACCUUCAGGGGAAGUCAACACUGUUGACAGCAGUCUCGCAGUGAUGGAUAUGUGCAACACCGAACAGCAUGACUUUCCAUCCAAGAUGGAGGGAAACCCAUCAACUGUGUUAUUGUCUGAUAAUGACCUAGAUGAGAGCUCCGACAGGGAAUAUCAACAGUUGCAAAGGGAAGAAAUGUCGAGUGAAGAUAUUCAGACUGCUUUGGAUUCUGAGAAAUUGAUGGCUCAUCAACUCGAUGCAGUUGAAUCUUCAGAGAAGAUCAGCACUCUUGGAGUAAUGGAGAUGUCCAACACUGAGCAACACUGUGCACCCAAGACAGCGGGAAGUGCUCAUGUCGAAACUUCUGUUGGAGGAUGCGUAAUGUCCUAUGAAAUCUCUCCCCUGCCAGAUCCAACUGAGAAAAAAGUUUCAAUCGGGUUUCCAGUCUCUCCAUUUGCAUCAGACUCAGUUUCAGGUCAGUUUCCAAGACCAACUCUGUCAACACCAGUGAAAUCUUCAAGCAAAAAGCAGACAACAAUGCAGAAGCUGACCCAUGUGGCAGACGAAAACAACAAGGAGAACAUUGGCAAGAGUGAGAGGGGAAAUGAUAAGGUGAAAAAAGUAAAGAACAUCAUUGAUGCAGAUAGCUUAAAAGACAUCAGUCUCAGGCAGUUAACCAAGAUGGUGAAAGAACUAGAGAUUAGCAAAAAUAGAAAGAAGUCUGAGGUAGAAGAGGGAAAGGGCAGGGUGGCAUUGCAGAAACUGACAGAGAACAGCAUGCAUGUUGCUGAACUAGAGAAGAACUGAAUCAAAAAAGUCAGGAGUUGAGUAAAUCUUUUGCUCUUGUUUUUUUUUUCUUUGUAGCGGUUUAUAUGUCAUAUGAUGGAGUAAAACAUGAGGUUUGCUUCUGUCAGUCAGACAAAUAAAGAAGAGAAACUUUUGAAGCAGGAAUUCAAAAAA